CCCUUGCGCCGCCCGUCCGCCGCAGACUCUUUGAACGGCCAGCAGUCCAGGAAGGAACCUAUUGCCAUUAUGACCAAGGAGUACACGCUGGACGAGAUCCGCCGCCUGGCCGACAGCAACCCGGAGAAGCUGGCGCAGGAGUACCAGGCCUCGCGUGCCGCCACCGCCAACCUGGUGGACCGCGCUCGCGCUGGUAUCGCUGCCCGCACGGCCAACCCUCCCACCAACAAGUUUAACGCCUGGGCCCAGGGCUACGGCAACCGUUUCAUCUACAGCGGCAGCUUCAAGCCGAUCGCGCACAUGAUGCUCAUCGUGGGCGGCGCGGGCUGCGCUGUCGAGUGGUGGUGCCACCACAGACACGCUCACGCUGAGAAGAAGGAUGAGCACCACUAAGUUGAUACUCUAUAUUCUCUUCAAGCGGCAGCAAACGUGCUAGACCCCAAGCUUCAUCAUUUUCUCUUCUGAUAAAAUAACAGAGCCUUUUGCAGGAGACAGCAACUUUGCAGACGCAGGCAAGGCGGAAAAGGUGACGUCAGCCGAUCUACUUAUUGUAGUAGUAGCCGGCUAGCCGAACCUCUGAGUUAAUAAAAGACUCGGCUCGUAAAUAAGAACACAACGCCUGAAGCAAAA